GGGAGGAGCCUGACAACGAAUCAGUUUAAUCGAAACCUCGGAACCAGCCAACAAAUACGAGAUCAAAAACUUACCACAUCUCCACCGGGUAAGGGUCAAUACCUUCCCAGUCGUAUAGACCCAGCAGCGCAAGCCAGAACUUGGCCCAGCAUGGCAGAUAGACCGCUCCCCCUGAGCGGAGAUAGUAUGACCGGGCUUUGCGAAGAUGCUCUUCGUCGGUAGGGACUCCCAUGAACCUCAGGGCAAUUUAGACUAAUGUAGUGACCAUCAGCGAAGCUUGCUCUUGCAAAUACGUCGGCCAGCUGCCGUCCUCGGGAAUUUGGCAGUUGAACCUAAAGCGGAUCUAUUCAACGACGUAGGCUUCAUCGAUCUCGGCCCGGUGAUAUACCAGGAAACGACCAUCAUCCGGGUCACAAAAUAGAUAUAGCUCAGGUCGCGGACGUGAGUGUUGGUUGAAAUCGGGUACCCUUGUAGAUGGCCUCGGAGGCCGUCUUGGGAGCGUCCGAACCGGGAAUACCCUAUAUUUGCCUUGUCAGCCUACUUAAUCAUCCGAGGAUAGUCAACGCGUGCGAUGUACAGUUGGAAGAUCUAGGAAGAAUUUUGUGGUCACAUUUUGAGGCCGAGCCUUGCACUCCUUAUUGUUAUUCACAGCCAAACCGCAUCACUACCCCAUCACUUAAUAUAUUAUCAUGUACCCAUAGAGGAGGAAAAUGACAUGCACUGACCUGUCUGGGUGAUCCCGUGCGACGUCUCCGUUUCCGACUUGCUGCCAGGUCGUGGUCAAGAAUAUCACAUUCCGGAAGGAGACAGGUCGAUUCCAUUCUAUCGUGUGGUCUACAUGCCAUGCCGAUCUAUUCCCCUACCGACGUGCAAAAUCCCACGCACCGCUAAUGACAGAUACAACAUACUUUCAAUAAUCCAUGCAGUUUAGACGUAAUCUCUUCGAUAUCAAGAUGCAACUUAUCUUGCCAGUAUCGCGGAGUAGUUGAGGGGCUGCUCUUUCUUUGUCUGGACCUUCACAUCUCUGGCACAUUUAUAUAGAGGCAUCGCCAGUGCCCCAUGAAAGACUCCACGUUGCUCACGGAUGAUGGCAGCCGUGCUCGACACGGCUGCCUCUUCCACCAGGAACUACGGCCACUAUCUCGGCCGACAUCGUGUCGUGCGCCUGUUCGGUCCCAAGGACCGCAAGACCUUUUUCGAGCGCCGGGAUCUCGACCUGGACCAAGG